AUGGAUAACGGCGACCGCAUGUUAUGCCAUGCCUGUGGCGGGGUUUGGAUAAGGGAUGGUGAUUUGACAUGCCCACAUUGUCAAUCCGAGUUCACAGAAAUAAUUGAAAUUCCCCCAGAACCGCCUUCUGAAGGUUCACCCUCACACCGAGCUGCCUCCUCGUCGCCUCCACGCGUCAACCCGUGGGUAGACCACAAUCCAUGGGAACGAGAACCACAAGAAUCGCAAGAACGGCAAAGCCCUGGGCUUCCUGGAAGCGGCACUCCGCCAUUCUCCUCCAUACACACAUAUCGAUCGCCCAACGGCCGUUUCUCAUUCAGCAGUGCGACACUUGAUACUGGGAUGCCUUCUGGUCAGCGCAACAAUGGCCCGAACCCUAUGGUUCCGAUGAUGAUACAAAGCUUCGACACUCUUUUACAAAGUUUAAUGGAGCCAAACCCUCGUGGGUACAGGGGAUUUGGAGACGACCCCUUCCAUCCUCAGUCCUCUACGUCACCCGACUGGCUAGAGGACGAGCACCUCACCGGCGGUCAUCCAGGCCUAUCUCCCCGCAAUGGAGAUGGGCCGCAACGUAUCAACAUAAAUGAAAUCAUGGACGCCGUUCGCGCUGACAUCGGGGUACAAACUAUGCGACGUGCACGGGGAAAUCGUGGCGGCCCGGCAAGCCCCCAUGCUCUUUCAAUAUUGUCUGCCAUUCUCAAUAUGACUCGAAGUGGAGAUGCAGUAUAUUCACAGGAGGAGCUUGACCGAGUCAUCACAGAACUGGUUGAGAAUACUGGGACAAGCACUGCGGCACCGCCAGCAUCUGAUGCUGCUAUCCAAGCUUUGCCGAAGAAGAAGGUUAAUGAAGAUAUGAUGGGAUCUGAAGGAAAAGCAGUGUGCUCGAUUUGCAUGGAUAACGUUGAACUCGGUUUGGAAGUCACUGUGUUACCAUGCACGCAUUGGUUUCAUUUCAACUGCAUCCAUGCAUGGCUGACUCAACAUAACACUUGUCCGCAUUGCCGGCGCAGCAUCAAUGCAAAUACAGAAGCCGGGGAAGGCACCUCUGAGAAUCCGGUGGUGAUCCAGGAUAGUCCUGAGCAGCCGAGAUCCGACCGGCGUCACAGUUCUUCUCGCACUAUGCGCAGCGGUCGAUCCUCGUUAUCUUCAUUUCAGUCUCGACUCUCCCCGCGGAUUUCACCGCGCCGGUCCCCAACGCCAGAGGGAGGAGAAUCUAGCAACCGACGGCUCAGCCGGGGUGAGAAUAGCAGUGGAGGGGGAUUUGCGAAUUGGUUUGCGAACCGGUUUGGAAACAGCUCAUGA